ACCAAGACCGCUUCCAGAUGAAAUGGAUUCGCGGUUAACUCAAUUAACCGGGAAACGGCAAACGCAACAGACAGACACAGGGACCUUUAUGUUGUCGUACCAAUGAAAAUUAAAUCUAAUAAUCGAACAUAUGUCCGAGUGCACGCAUGUUUGCUGAAAUCUUGACACUCUCACUCUGUUUGUGGGAGUACUUACCAUUAGUGGCUAGAAAUAUGGUGCAAGUGACGCAUUAAGAGCAUCAAGGAGACCGCACUAGCCCACCCAGCCCACGGCCAUCGCCAUCGCCACAGCCAUAGAGCCACUAAGCCGUUAAUAACGGGUGCGUUCCUGCGGUCUUUUAGCUGUCGUCGGUUAUCUGCAUCAUAAAUUUGCCAUCACCCUGUUUAAGUCAGAGGAUGUUUGCUCCGAAUCGGGUAUAAAACGAACUGCGGCGCGGCAUAGCGGCACAGUCGUCUUCAAAUCCCGGCGAGAAUCGUUUCCAAGUGCACCAGGCUAACGGUCAACGACUGGAAUCAUGAAUCUAUAUGUUCUUCUGGUGGUGGUGUCGGUGUUCCUGCACUUCAUUCAAGCAGCGCCCAGUGUGGAUAUUUCCAACGACGAACUGCUGGAUGGAAAAUAUCUUUGUGAAGAUUUUCCAGCGUUAAGAGAGUUGUGUAACGGAUACAGCGCGAGUUUCCGACAAACUGGAUUUCCAAACGACGACCUUUCCACAUCGCCGUUGUUUAACGACUUUUACAAACUCUUCCAACGAAAUGUAAAUAUUUUUCUGUCCAAAAACAAGAGCCCCGAGUCCUUGCAAGAGCGCUUCUCGAGAACAGUUUCGAAACGCGGCUUAGACAGCAUUGGUGGCGGCCACUUGAUAAAGCGGACGCCACUUGACAGACAGCUCCUAAGCGACUAGAAAUGAUUGAAUGACAAUCCCAACUUCGCACCACUCCAUUGACUUUGACAAUAUCGAUGACCGAAAUGAAACUGAAGUGUAAAUAAGCAUGGUCUUUCUUUAAAUAUGCGCAUAUGAAAUGUUGUUAAUAAAUUAUUGCAUUUGUAAAGAGUUUUACUUUCACCCUCGUAGUGUACUAACCAGAAGAGAGUUCUGUAAAUACCUAAGUCUACCCACAGCACC